AUGACAACAAUGAACCUGGCACGAUCAAUAGCGCUGGCCGCUCGGGGCUACCCCUCGAGAAACCCACAAUGUGUCUGUGGACGGCCAUUGAUCAGAACCUCAAGGACCCAAUGGACCUCCUUCCCGCAAACAACAGUACGAAAUGUUACAGCUCGAAGAAUACAUACUUCACAUUUUCUUCAAUCCCUGCCAAAACCAAAGCAGUCCGCAAAUCCCCAUGUCCCAAUCGACCGCUUCCAGACGGGAAAACAGCGAACGUAUAACCUCCUAAAGCUCCAGACCUACCGUGAAGCUUAUCACGAUAGCCCUAAACAAUUCAUAUUUGUCAUGGUUAUGGGUGUGAUCACUUUGGGUUUACUAGCUGUAGGAGCGCAGGGUGCAUACUAUACUCUUAUCAAGCCUUUACAUAACUACCCUGAAGAUGUCGCGAAAUUCAUUCGAAGAGCAAUAUUCUAUGAAAGUAAAAUGGAUAUUAAGGAGUGUAUGAAAAACUACCAGCGUGCUAUUACAGCAUCUGAAAUGCUGAGCAUGGACCCGUUGAGUGAUGAGGUUACAGGAUUGAAGAUUAUGUAUGCUGGGAUAGCGGAGAAAUGUCAUGCGUUUGAUAAGGGUGUGGAAUGGCUUGAAAGAUUGAGGUUUGAGAUGUUGACCUUAAUGGAAGAGCGGAGAGAGGAGUUGGGUACUAUCGGGUGGUUGAAGGUUAUGAAGCGAGUGAUCGGUAUCUCGGUGAAGAUUGGAGACCUGCAGGUACUAGAUAAGGAUGAUGCGAAUGCAGAGAAGACGUACGAGUGGAGCGUAAAGGAAGCAAUGAGGGUCAUGAGCAUACAGAGUCGACUAAACGAAGAUGAGGAGAGGCCGUGGACUGUGUUAGAAAUUGCGGCGAUCUUUGAGAAUAUGGCUUCUUUCUAUGAGCGAACAAACAAGUUUGACUACGCGACGACAUUAUACAUCCAAGCUGCAAAUUUAUUCCGUCCGCCAUCAUGUCACAGUGUUAUCCUAUUAAACAAUGUCGGUGCCUGUAAUAUGCAACGUCGCCUCCCAUCCGGGGAGCCAAUGGACCGAGAAACGCAACUUGAAUCCGCAAAGAAGUGGAUGGAAAAGGCACUAGAUGUCGCUAGUAAUAUCAAACCUCCUGCGCGAACAGAAGAGUGCGAUCAAGGUUGCGUAGUGGCUCUCCACAAUAUUGGAGAAGUCGAGGAGCAGCUAGGAAAGAUGGAUGAAGCGAUAUUGAAGUUUCAGGAAGCACAGAGCUUAGCAUUCGCAAUUGGGUUUGCAGAUGCAUAUCAAAAUGCAGGGGUUGCUCAAGAGCGAAUAAAGGCUAAGCAAGCUGGAACAUACGAAAGCCCCGAAGAUAGGAAGAAGAGAGAAAAGGAAGAACAGCGAAGGAUAGACGAAGCUAGGACUGGCGGCUUACCCCCGCUAACGUUAAGCAAAGUGGGUCCAGGAUCCAGGAAGCGGGAAUGA